GCUCAGAAACUGCCAGCCCAGACCACAGGCUCAGAGGCUGAAGCAGGAGGAAGGAAGGACUGGAAGGAAAAAGAGACAGGUUAGAGGGAAAGAGGCUUGGGAAGAAAACAGCAGAAAAGAAACUGCUCGUUACACUUACAGAGAGGCAAGUAACGGUGGAGAUGAGGACAGAGGGAACCAAGACUCUGAAAGACAAAAAAUACAAAUAGAGCGAAAGAGGAAAAAAAUGUCAAGAAGAACAUCCAUCCGGAGAAAUGAAGAGAAUGAAAGUUUUAAGCUGCAGAGCCGUUCUGUGCUUUUCCGGCACAAAAUUAUAUCGCUGAUUUUAAGCCCUUUUGCAUUUGCCAGCCGUUGACAUUAAGAGGCAUGUUUAACGGUGCCAACAGCAUCUCCUUUUCCUUCUCCUCUUCCUCUUCUUCUUCUUCCUCCUCCUCCUCCUCUUUUUCCUCCUCCUCAUUCUCCUCCCAUCAGCAAGAAGACAAACCGAGGACAGUCUUGAAAUAUCGAAAUUUCCUCUUUGGGAUUUGCCAGCGCCGCGUUGCGCCAAGACUGUCGGAAUAAAGGACGCUGACUAUUGUAUUAUCGUUAUUUUAUUAAUUGGUCAGUGGAAAGAUUACAGAUGAGGAAAGGGGACGCCUGUCACCCUUCCUGUGCUAAGAUUUAAAAAAAAAUGAGGCUGGAUUGCGGGAAGCUCUAAAAUGAAGCAAAAGGAGUAAGAUUUUUAAAGACAGAAAGCCACAGGAGCCCCCACGUAGCGCACUUUUAUUUGUAUUUUUUCAGAUUUUUUUUUUGUUUAGUGGUGGUGGGGGAGGUGAUUGGGUGGCUGACUGGCUGCGGGAAGCUACUUCCAUUCCUUUUGGAGAUGAUUGUGCUAUUAUUGUUUGCCUUGCUCUGGAUGGUGGAAGGAGUCUUUUCCCAGCUUCACUACACGGUACAGGAGGAGCAGGAACAUGGCACUUUCGUGGGGAAUAUCGCUGAAGAUCUGGGUCUGGACAUUACAAAACUUUCGGCUCGCGGGUUUCAGACAGUGCCCAACUCAAGGACCCCUUACUUAGACCUCAACCUGGAGACAGGGGUGCUGUACGUGAACGAGAAAAUAGACCGCGAACAAAUCUGCAAACAGAGCCCCUCCUGUGUCCUGCACCUGGAGGUCUUUCUGGAGAACCCCCUGGAGCUGUUCCAGGUGGAGAUCGAGGUGCUGGACAUUAAUGACAACCCCCCCUCUUUCCCAGAGCCAGACCUGACGGUGGAAAUCUCUGAGAGCGCCACGCCAGGCACUCGCUUCCCCUUGGAGAGCGCAUUCGACCCAGACGUGGGCACCAACUCCUUGCGCGACUACGAGAUCACCCCCAACAGCUACUUCUCCCUGGACGUGCAGACCCAGGGGGAUGGCAACCGAUUCGCUGAGCUGGUGCUGGAGAAGCCACUGGACCGAGAGCAGCAAGCGGUGCACCGCUACGUGCUGACCGCGGUGGACGGGGGAGGUGGGGGAGGAGUAGGAGAAGGAGGGGGAGGUGGCGGGGGAGCAGGCCUGCCCCCCCAGCAGCAGCGCACCGGCACGGCCCUACUCACCAUCCGAGUGCUGGACUCCAAUGACAAUGUGCCCGCUUUCGACCAACCCGUCUACACUGUGUCCCUACCAGAGAACUCUCCCCCAGGCACUCUCGUGAUCCAGCUCAACGCCACCGACCCGGACGAGGGCCAGAACGGUGAGGUCGUGUACUCCUUCAGCAGCCACAUUUCGCCCCGGGCGCGGGAGCUUUUCGGACUCUCGCCGCGCACUGGCAGAUUGGAGGUAAGCGGCGAGUUGGACUAUGAAGAGAGCCCAGUGUACCAAGUGUACGUGCAAGCCAAGGACCUGGGCCCCAACGCCGUGCCUGCGCACUGCAAGGUGCUAGUGCGAGUACUGGAUGCUAACGACAACGCGCCAGAGAUCAGCUUCAGCACCGUGAAGGAGGCGGUGAGCGAGGGCGCGGCGCCCGGCACUGUGGUGGCCCUUUUCAGCGUGACUGACCGCGACUCAGAGGAGAAUGGGCAGGUGCAGUGCGAACUACUGGGAGACGUGCCUUUCCGCCUCAAGUCUUCCUUUAAGAAUUACUACACCAUCGUUACCGAAGCCCCCCUGGACCGAGAGGCGGGGGACUCCUACACCCUGACUGUAGUGGCCCGGGACCGGGGCGAGCCUGCGCUCUCCACCAGUAAGUCCAUCCAGGUACAAGUGUCGGAUGUGAACGACAACGCACCGCGUUUCAGCCAGCCGGUCUACGACGUGUAUGUGACUGAGAACAACGUGCCAGGCGCCUACAUCUACGCAGUGAGCGCCACCGACCGCGAUGAGGGCGCCAACGCCCAGCUUGCCUACUCUAUCCUCGAGUGCCAGAUCCAGGGCAUGAGCGUCUUCACCUACGUUUCUAUCAACUCUGAGAACGGCUACUUGUACGCCCUGCGCUCCUUCGACUAUGAGCAGCUCAAGGACUUCAGUUUUCAGGUGGAAGCCCGGGACGCUGGCAGCCCCCAGGCGCUGGCUGGUAACGCCACUGUCAACAUCCUCAUAGUGGAUCAAAAUGACAACGCCCCUGCCAUCGUGGCGCCUCUACCAGGGCGCAACGGGACUCCAGCGCGUGAGGUGCUGCCCCGCUCGGCGGAGCCGGGUUACCUGCUCACCCGCGUGGCCGCCGUGGACGCGGACGAUGGCGAGAACGCCCGGCUCACUUACAGCAUCGUGCGUGGCAACGAAAUGAACCUCUUUCGCAUGGACUGGCGCACCGGGGAGCUGCGCACAGCACGCCGAGUCCCGGCCAAGCGCGACCCCCAGCGGCCUUAUGAGCUGGUGAUCGAGGUGCGCGACCAUGGGCAGCCGCCCCUGUCCUCUACCGCCACCCUGGUGGUUCAGCUGGUGGAUGGCGCGGUGGAGCCCCAGGGCGGGGGCGGGAGCGGAGGCGGAGGGUCAGGAGAGCACCAGCGCCCCAGCCGCUCUGGCGGCGGGGAAACCUCGCUAGACCUCACCCUCAUCCUCAUCAUCGCGUUGGGCUCGGUGUCCUUCAUCUUCCUGCUGGCCAUGAUCGUGCUGGCCGUGCGUUGCCAAAAAGAGAAGAAGCUCAACAUCUACACUUGUCUGGCCAGCGAUUGCUGCCUCUGCUGCUGCUGCUGCGGUGGAGGAGGUUCGACCUGCUGUGGCCGCCAAGCCCGGGCGCGCAAGAAGAAACUCAGCAAGUCGGACAUCAUGCUGGUGCAGAGCUCCAAUGUACCCAGUAACCCGGCCCAGGUGCCGGUGGAGGAGUCCGGGGGCUUUGGCUCCCACCACCACAACCAGAAUUACUGCUAUCAGGUAUGCCUGACCCCUGAGUCCGCCAAGACCGACCUGAUGUUUCUUAAGCCCUGCAGCCCUUCGCGGAGUACGGACACUGAGCACAACCCCUGCGGGGCCAUCGUCACCGGUUACACCGACCAGCAGCCUGAUAUCAUCUCCAACGGAAGCAUUUUGUCCAACGAGACUAAACACCAGCGAGCAGAGCUCAGCUAUCUAGUUGACAGACCUCGCCGAGUCAACAGUUCUGCAUUCCAGGAAGCCGACAUAGUAAGCUCUAAGGACAGUGGUCAUGGAGACAGUGAACAGGGAGAUAGUGAUCAUGAUGCCACCAACCGUGCCCAGUCAGCUGGUAUGGAUCUCUUCUCCAAUUGCACUGAGGAAUGUAAAGCUCUGGGCCACUCAGAUCGGUGCUGGAUGCCUUCUUUUGUCCCUUCCGAUGGACGCCAGGCUGCUGAUUAUCGCAGCAAUCUGCAUGUUCCCGGCAUGGACUCUGUUCCAGACACUGAGGUGUUUGAAACUCCAGAAGCCCAGCCUGGGGCAGAGCGGUCCUUCUCCACCUUUGGCAAAGAGAAGGCCCUUCACAGCACUCUGGAGAGGAAGGAGCUGGAUGGACUGCUGACUAAUACGCGAGCGCCUUACAAACCACCAUAUUUGACACGGAAAAGGAUAUGCUAGUCAAUUCUACAGGACUUACCUGAAGCAGCAUGAUUUGCACAAAGUCGACCAACAAAAGCAUCAACUUUUCAACUUCAUUAUCUUGGCCAUCCAGUUAGUCAUGUGUAACUGAGUAUUAGAUUUCGGGCGGAGUCAUCAUGGCCAAUUAUAGGACCUAAUUGCUCUCAGCAGGCCUGAGAAAUGAGUUGAAAUGUGCAGAACUGUAGAAACUUUAGAGGCAACAGAUUUUGCCUCCCCGAUCAGUGUGUGCCUGUUUACAGCACUAUCUAUCUUUCUCUUUCCAAAUGUCACUGAGCCCUUUAGAUGUUUAUAUUCACCACGAGAAGCCAGUCAUAAAGAUAAAGGAAAUUUGUGCAUUAUAAAUGCAAUAUCACUGUUUUAAACUUGACUGUUUUAUAUUAUUUUUGUGUGAUCAAGUGUUCCCCAAACUAUUCCAACUUUACAAGAGAAAUUGUGAUUAUGUUCUUUUCACCUGUGGGUUAUAAAAAAUGUUGUAUUCCGAAGACCCACAAGAUAUCAAAGACAUUCUGUAGUUUAUACACCGUGUUGCAAAGUGUUUACUGUACUAUUUCAAAGCUUCUAAAUAAAUAUAAAAUAUAUAUAUUA